UAGAAUAUGGAUACCAUAUGGGUGAAAAUUGCGACCUCUAUGUUUAACAAACAAAAUUUCACCCAUUUGUUCUGUUCUGUUCGUACAAAUUAAUUUGACUCUUUUUGUUCAAAAUUUCACGUCUGGAUUUUGAAGUUUGAAUCUUUUCCGUUCUACCUGGAAAUAAAAGAAUGCAUAUGUACAUGGAUUGGAUGUAGAAUUAUCAGAUCUGGUUGCAGUCAAAAGAUUGAUGCUUUGAGGUGAUGUCUAUUCAAUUUGUCGAGCUGUUAUGGUAAAUAAUCCAUAUUUUCAAUUUAAAGGUGUAAUGCAAUGUUGAAGGUCUUUGAUGGCUAUGCAAUUACUUCAAAUGAUCUUAAACUUUUGAUCUAGUUGGAUGUGAGAGAAAGUCAGCUCUGGGAAAGUGAAUUGAAUUGAAGAGUAUUCCGCCAGAUUAAAGUGAAUGUGAACUAUGAAGGACUCCAAAUUUCCAAACCGUUAUUGGAUUGUUAUUUUAACCUUCAUCAGCACAUGUGUUUGCUAUAUAGAACGAGUAGGUUUCUCUAUUGCAUAUACUGCUGCAGCCGAUGCUGUUGGUAUAAACCAGUCAAGUAAAGGCACUAUACUUGCAACAUUCUAUUAUGGUUAUGCCUGCUCUCAGGUGCCUGGUGGAUGGGCCGCUCAGAGAAUAGGUGGGCGAAAGGUUCUCCUCCUCUCAUUUGUUUUAUGGUCAUCAACUUGCUUUUUGAUUCCUCUUGAUCCAAAUCGAGUUAGUAUGUUGGUAAUGGCUCGCUUGCUUGUUGGUGUUGCGCAAGGAUUCAUCUUCCCUUCGAUCCAUACCGUUUUAGCCCAAUGGGUUCCACCACAUGAACGCUCUAGAUCGGUUUCUCUUACAACUUCUGGAAUGUAUCUAGGUGCAGCUCUGGGAAUGCUUGUCCUUCCAAGUCUAGUGAAAUACAAAGGCCCGCGAUCUGUAUUUUUUGUUGAAGCAGUAUUAGGUGUUUUGUGGUCACUUCUCUGGGUCAAAUAUGCAAGUGAUCCUCCACGCUCUGAGCAUCCAAAAGCUGCCGCUGCAGGGUUUGGAGAAUCUUUGCUGCCCAUCAAAGCUGGUCAGAAGACAAAAAUGGAAAAUGGAGGUAGUCCUAUUAAAACUGCAAAGAUUCCAUGGAAGAGAAUAUUCCUAAGCCUGCCUGUUUGGGCAAUUGUGGUUAACAAUUUCACAUUCCAUUAUGCUUUGUACGUUCUGAUGAACUGGCUGCCAACUUAUUUUGAGCUGGGCCUCCAGCUAAGUCUUCAGGAAAUGGGUUCAUCAAAGAUGAUGCCUUAUCUCAACAUGUUCUUAUUCUCAAAUAUUGGUGGGGUGGUUGCGGAUCACUUGAUCACGAAGAGAAUUCUGUCUGUGACUAAAACCCGGAAGUUUUUAAACACUCUAGGUUUUUUGGCCGCGUCUCUUGCUCUGAUGGCACUUCCUCUCUUCAGAACUUCUACUGGUGCUGUUUUCUGUUCUUCUGUUGCUCUCGGUUUUUUGGCCCUUGGGAGGGCUGGUUUUGCAGUUAAUCACAUGGAUAUUGCUCCACGGUAUGCAGGAAUAGUGAUGGGAGUUUCCAACACAGCUGGUACUUUAGCUGGCAUUAUUGGAGUUGAUCUAACUGGUAGGCUUCUUGAAGGUGCUAAAACUACUUAUUCAGAUCUCUCAAGUCCAGAAAGCUGGAGAUCUGUGUUUGUCAUACCAGGGUUUCUAUGCAUUUUUAGCUCUUUUGUAUUUUUGCUAUUUGCAACGGGAGAGAGGAUUUUUGAUUAGGCGAUAUUGUUUUUCCAUAUUAGAAUCGAUUGCAGAAGAUUAUUAUCUGGUGAAGAAUUCAAUCGUCCGCUUUUGAGUCUUCCGAUUAUUGAUCGACCCACAGACUAUGCUCAGGAAGGGUAUAUACUGAAAAUAUUAAAGACCAUCAAUAUUUGAAGUGGUCACUAUAGAGGCAAUUAAUAGCACUCACCGUUUUUUAAUUCAAGAUAUAUUACUUGAAAGGUUUGUUUGCAGUUGUGGAAGGAUAGCGUUUAAGAUAUAGUCUUGUGUUAGUUGUAAGGGGCUGAUAUAUGAUGCCAAAAAAUGCCAAAUUAUGCGAAGCCAUAUUUGGCUGUCGGUGGAGAACUCAGUGGGCUCCCUCCUCCAAAAAUCCAGCUUGUAUUGCUGAGUAAUAAAUCAACCAUCUGUACCCUCCCACAACAAAUCUCCACCGUUGAUCUCAUCAAUCAUCACCACCAAACAACUUUAAUGGACUGAAAAAAGACUCCCGAUCCAACACUGAUCAACUCAUUUAGUUAGCCCGUCACUCGCUUCCUUCAAUUCAACUCCAGAUCCAAAUACCCAAUUCUCCCGAGAAGGAGAAUGAAAAUGGAGAACCAGGGCAAAUGCGUAAUCUUUAUUGCGGCGCUGUUGUUGGGGAGUUGGUGUUUGUUGGCAAACGGAGAUGACUCGGAGAAGACGAGAGUGAGGAGUGUGAGAGGGAAAAAAGAGUGUAUUAGAGGAUGGGAAUGUAAACAGUGGUCGGAGUAUUGUUGUAAUCAGACAAUUUCAGAUUUGUUUCAGACGUACCAAUUUGAGGAUCUGUUCUCGAAGAGGAAUGCCGGUUGCUCAUGCUGUUGGGUUUUGGGAUUACCAGUCUUUUAUUGCUGCAUAGACUCUUUUUCAGCAUCUUGGGUUUUGUACUACUGGAGGCAAGCUUAUGCAGAUGAAGGAACUGGCUGCGUUUUUAGGACAUGUCGGCAGCAAAACUUCUUGUGGCUAUGGAGUAGCUACAGGAGGACCGUUAACUUAUGGCCUUUGCUACAACAAGGAAAUGAGCCCUAGUCAGUCAUACUGUGGUGAUUACUAUAAAUUAACCUAUCCUUGCACUCCUGGUGCUGAAUACUACGGUCGUGGUGCCUUGCCUAUCUAUUGGUAUGUCUCGUGCUAUAUUUUGUGAAUCCGGAGGGUUUCUAGAGUUGGAAACUCGUACAAUUUCCUCCUGACUUUCUGGUGGAAUGGACCGAGAUUGAGAAUGGAGCAUUUCCAAAAUUAAAAACUCUUAGUAUUCAAAAUUGUUUAAACUUUAGAUUUCUUCCUGAAGGCUUACAAAACAUAUCUACACUUGAAAAACUGGAUUUGUCUCCUAUGCAUGAAGACCUUGCCUGGAGAUUACUUAAUGAAAAAAUUACAAGAUUGAGAACAUCUCCACGCUUAGUGCUAGUUAUCGAAAUAAAUUUACCCCUGCUUACGUGGGAAUUCUUAAAGAAGUAUUGCUUAGGAUUUGAAUCUCUCAAAAAUGACCUAAAUCGUACGAAAAUGUAAAAUAGAGUUGUCAGUAGGCAAUGUAAUAUGCAUUUGUUUCUCACACCAUUCUUGUAUUCUUAGUUCUGUAAGAGUUGAUUGACCUGAAAAUGUUUUGAGGGGAAGAUUGUAAUGAGACUGAAAUGAAAGUUUCUAAACUGAACAAUGCUUAGUUUCUUGUCGAA